AUGGCGACUGAACGAUCCCUGGCUGCUUUGUUACGGUCGCUGCAGGCGACUUCCAGCUUUGAAGAUGCUUCUGGUCUCCUUCCCACCGCGACCAGUUUCCUGUCCAUCCUCGGUAACCCUUUGAACCUGACCUUGCUCGCGUCGCAGCUGCUUUCGGCGCCGGCGCUGUGGAAUCAUCCCGUUGAUUUACAUGCUUGUCGCAAGAUCCUCAGCGUGUUCAACACAGCUGCAAUCGCGGUGCUGCAGAAUGAUACGGAGGAGGAGGCACAGAUACCCCAUGGACGACAUCGAAAGAUUGAGCGUGAGGCAUGGGUGAAGGCUGUUGUGGAGGGUGCGGAUGAUAAGUCGCCGCGCUGGAGACAUAUGCUUCUCUUGGGCGGAAUACUGCUUGGUUUUGAGGGACAGAAUAGACAGGGCCUCCCUUGGAAAAUCCGGACGAAGCUCGAGUCGGCGCUGGCUACCGCGGCGCGAUUAGCGCUUGAGGAGCUGGUCCCUGAUGCGGGGGUCGAUGGACAUUGCGUUACCAUGGUAUUGAAUUAUACAUUCGAGCUCUUGUCUGAUAUGGAAAGGAGCAAGAUCAACUAUGACCUUUUGUUACCGGUCAUGAUAAGGUCGACUUACUUUUCGCCUGAGGGGCUUGAGGGGGGGGAUGUGGUUGAGGUGCCAGGGAGGAAGUUUCGUUGGGCUGCCAACUCUGCGACCUUUGGCUUUGUCUCUGCCAUAGGCUCUCGUCCUCUGGUGUCAGCAUUGGGACCACUUUCUCGGCUUGCUUCACAUGCUGUGGAAAACGUGCGGGACCCGAAGCUAGUUGCGCAGGCUGUUGACUACUUGGCCGACUUUGUCCGCACUUUGAUGGUUCAGUGGCGGCAAAAUAAACUGUCCGAGGUUGAUGUAACGGAGGAGGCUGAGUUUUUGGAGCCGGAGUCCUUGAAGACUACUAUUCCUACGCUAUGGAAGAUUCUUCGGAAUUGCUUGUAUUCGGUGAUCAUUGUUCUUCGCGCUGUUCUUGGGAGAACGAUCAAUGAUCCGGCCCUCGCUGCUGGCAGCAGUGCGCCAUAUGUCUCAAUGCAAUCCCUGCAUAUCCUCCGCAAUCUCUAUUUUAUUUCCUCGCGCACUGGUCAAAAUUCGUCCUCACAGCAAACAUUUGUGUUCUUAGCAGCCAUCGAUAUCCUCUCACAGUACCCUGACUUGACGGAGAAUUUUUUGCGCAGCAUCAAGCCCAGCGACCUCGGUCAGAUUCCUGACCAUCCAGUGGAGCGGUGUUUGGACCUUUUCUUCUUGAACGUGGCUGAGCACUUCCCCUUGGUUCUAUCUCCCGAAGCCAAUGAGGAAUUGCUUUUAUCCGCUGCAUUCCCAUACCUCGCGGCUGGUGCAAACAGCCUGCUCUUGGAGAUCUUCGAAGCUGCCCACAGCUUGGUACUAGUCGUUUUCGCCAUCCCCCAUAAUGCGGACCUAGCUGCAAAGCACCUGCCCUUUUACAUUGAGAAUCUCUUUGCAGUCUUUCCUGAAAAUCUGUCAGCAAGACAGUUCCGUCUUGCUUUCAAGACAGUCAUCCAGGUCACCGCACCUCCUUCACCACUGGCGAACAGCCAACCACUUCUUCCAUCUAUUCCACUCGAGGUAGUCCGAGAUCGAGCCCUCCACGCAUCAACUACUCCCAUAGCCCCUACAGUACAGAACAGCUCAACACCCGACCUAGGCAAGGCGCCGCCACUCUCCGCACAAGCGGUACUUAUACUUGCUUUGAUUGACUCACUCUCCUUCCUCCGUGUCGAUGACCUCAAAGAGUGGCUCCCCCUCACAGCUGAGCUUAUCAACACUAUUCCAGACCGCGGAAUGCGCCAAGCCUGCGUCGACCGCUUCUGGGAAGCAUUGAGCGGUGGCGAAAUGGACGUUGAUCGAGCUCACUGCUGCGUGGCCUGGUGGAGCACCCACGGUGGGCGCGAACUCCUCCUCUUUGGGGCCCAGCCAGCCCCAGGCGCCGUUCCGGACGAUGAGAAUGGACCGUUUAUGAGUGGAGCAGUGGGUGCAGUGGCACCGGAGCAUAAAUUGUGA